AUUCGCGUGGCACUCUCUCCGAUCUGCAAUUUUCCGGGUGCAUCUUAUUUGAACCUUCCUUUCUGCCCUAGCCUACCCACACCUGGCCACGAAAGAUUCGAUGCGCUGGUGGAAGCUCAAACCCGCUUCGAAGAUGUUGCAAAGUAUUCCAUCCAGGCAGCUGGUCUCCGACAGGAUAUGAAGACCAAGGAAAUGGCCAUGCGAGACUUGAGGUCGGUGAUCGACUUUAGUAACAUCGCAUCAAAGCAAGAGUUAGGCCAAAUCCUCAAGCAAUUCAUCGAUGGCUCCAAACAGUCGGGGAAUGACAUCAGCAGUUGGCAUGCCCGCCUCGAUUACGCUCUUGAUAGAAUAAUCGCGUUGAACCAACACACCUUAGCAGUGGCAGAUGUAGCACACCUCGGAGACGACAGCAUGGAUUUGACGAAGCGAAUAUUCGUCAGAUUUGGGCUUGCCGCUAGGCACAAGACACGGAAGGACGAACUGGCCGAUACCUACAUGAUGCAGGCUAGUGGCAUGGAGGAAGAAAUCAAGCGUCUUAUCUACAAAGCGGACUCUAUACUUCAGGAUCUCGACAGGCUGGAGAUGUUGCUCGACGAUAUGCAAAGCAUUUCAAUUAAAGAAGAAGUCGCGGUCCAGGGGCAGCGAUCGGAGCUUCUUGGCCAGUUGUACACACGUCUCGGUGGGAACAGGAGGGAGAGGACCAGGAUCGAGAGCAAUCUUCGCACACUAAACGAUGUGCAGACUGCUCGACAUAUUGCCUAUACCGUUCUCAGUGGCGCGCUGAUCAAGCUCAGGGAUAUAGCCAACUAUCUUGAGAACUUGAGGGAAGAGAUGGGAAGACCACAAGAGGAUGGGUUUAGAGAAGUGCCUAUAGAAGUGCAUUUAGCGUCGAUUAGGGCGAGUGUGGAGAGGUUGGAGGACGUAAGGGAAAAUUCGAAG